GGUUUUUCACCGUAAAAAGCAGAAGAGAAAUGAACGGGCAGGACGAAGACCUCGGUGCAUUUGAUCCGAACAUCCCGGAGGAGGGACCCUCGGCGCCUCCUCCUGGCUUCCUUGAUGAUGUGCACGGAUACCUGGGCCACAAAGGAGAGGGGGACCACCCGUUGUACCCGCCUCCUCCUGCCUACGUCCCGCAGCCUGAACUCAACAAGAACACCCUGGUGCCCGUAGUCAAGGUCCCCACAGUGUCAGAGGACGUUGCUAGAGAAGCCCUGCUGAAGUUUGUGGAAUCAAAAUGGCGCUACAGCUCCAAACCGGCCAGGAACAUGGUCUUCAAACAGCUCAAACCCAUCACCGUGUACAGGUAUCGACUGGAGACGUACACAGAGACCAGAACCAGCGCCUGGGAGUUUGAACCCUUCACUGGGCAGGUGGUGGACGGUCCUCAGUACGGAGCGAGUCCUCCUCCCUGGGACAUCCCUCUGAUGCUGCCUCAGAGAUACAGCGACCGCGUGGAGAAGGCCCGCGUGCCACACUCCUCCUUCGUCAAGAUGUGUCACAAGUGUAACGGCUGUGGAAGAACCCGCUGUGUCGGCUGCCAUGGAAGAGGCCGGAAACGCUGUCCGUUCUGCCACGGUCACGGUCGCUCCAGAAACAAACGCUGCAACUCCUGCAGCGGCCGAGGACGCAAGAGGUGCAUCUCCUGCCAUGGGAUGGGCUAUAAGACGUGCUCUGUGUGUCAGGGCAGUCAGAACAUGCUGCACUCCAUCCAGCUCACGGUCACAUGGAAGAACAACAUUAGCAACUUUAUCCCCGACCGGCAGCCGGAUUUCCCCGACAAGAACUUUGAGAAUGUCUCAGGAGACCCUUUCUUCAUCGAUGAGUCUAACCUGGUUUAUCCCAUCCAGGGUUUCCCCGAUCAGGAGAUCUGCGAUGUUUCCACAAAGAUGAUCAACGAACACUACGGGCGCUUCAGCUCCACCAGCCGCAUCCUGCAGCAGCGGCAGACCAUCGAGCUGGUUCCUCUCACCCACGCUCUCUACACCUACAGCGGGAAGGACUUCAGCUUCUUCGUCUACGGGGUGGAGAACCAGGUGUUCGCUGCCAAAUACCCCUCCGCCUGCUCCAUCUUAUAAACAUAUAUAUAUAUUUAAGCAAUAGCUCACGACAGGCCGUGGUAUAUGCUCAUUAUAUCACAGCUAAGGGGCGUGGUUCGGCCCGACGCGAAGCACCAUUAAUUUGUAUGUUACCGUUUAUUGUGCAGC